AACAAAGCAAAAUUACCAAAUCUUUCUAAUUUCCCCUUUCUCUUUCUUUGGUGAGUGAAAUAAAAGCUAGGGCAAAAAGAUUGCUAAAUACAGCGCCUAUAACUCUUUCUUCUUCUUCAGUUACACAGGUUCUUCACUAUUCUUUGAGUUUGUUGCUGUGCAAUUGUUAACACCUUCUCCCAACACCCCACACUUGAUUCCCCACUGCAGUGUAGACAUUAAUAAUGGCAAAAGAAGAGCCAAACUCUGCUUCCGUUGUUGUAGAAGGAACAUCUGAGGUUCGCGAUGAUAAUGAAACGGCCAACGGGUCUGCUUCCUCACUGCAAAAGGAGGUUGAGGAGAAAGUUGAUGGUUUGACAGUGGAUGAGCCGACGACAGAAGCUGCAAAGAAGAAGAAGAAGAAAAAUAAGAGCAAGAAAAAAAAGGAGCCACCUCAGCAAACUGAUCCACCUUCUAUUCCCGUAGCUGAGCUUUAUCCUUCUGGUGAAUUUCCAGAGGGUGAAAUUCAACAAUACAAAGAUGAUAACUUGUGGAGGACUACAUCUGAGGAAAAGAGGGAAUUGGAGCGCCUGGAAAAGCCAACUUAUAAUUCUGUCCGUCAAGCAGCAGAAGUUCAUCGUCAGGUUCGGAAAUACAUCAGGCAAAUUGCUAAGCCUGGCAUGUUAAUGAUUGACCUGUGUGAGACUUUGGAGAAUAUGGUUCGCAAAUUGAUAUCAGAGAAUGGUCUUCAAGCUGGCAUUGCAUUCCCUACAGGGUGCUCAUUGAACUGGGUCGCAGCUCAUUGGACCCCCAAUUCAGGAGAUAAAACUGUGCUUCAGUAUGAUGAUGUGAUGAAGUUGGACUUUGGAACCCAUAUUGAUGGACGUAUUGUGGAUUGUGCAUUUACUGUGGCUUUCAAUCCUAUGUUUGAUCCACUACUUGAGGCUUCACGAGAAGCCACUAAUACUGGCAUUAAGGAAGCGGGAAUUGACGUACGCCUUUGUGAUGUCGGUGCUGCAAUUCAAGAGGUUAUGGAAUCCUAUGAGGUUGAAAUCAACGGAAAGGUAUUCCAAGUUAAGAGCAUCCGAAAUCUGAAUGGGCACAGUAUAGGCCAGUAUCAAAUCCACGCAGGAAAAUCUGUUCCGAUUGUUAAAGGAGGAGAACAAACCAAAAUGGAAGAGGGUGAAUUUUAUGCAAUUGAGACGUUUGGAUCAACAGGGAAGGGAUACGUGAGGGAAGAUCUAGAAUGCAGCCAUUAUAUGAAAAACUUUGAUAUUGGACACAUUCCACUGCGGCUGCCUAGAGCCAAGCAACUGCUGGCAACAAUAAAUAAGAACUUCUCCACAUUGGCAUUCUGUAGACGUUAUCUAGACCGCGUCGGUGAGACAAAAUAUCUGAUGGCAUUGAAGAACUUAUGUGAUGCUGGAAUUGUUCAGCCAUAUCCCCCACUUUGCGAUAACAAAGGUAGCUACGUAUCUCAGUUUGAGCACACCAUUUUACUUCGUCCGACUUGCAAAGAGGUCGUAUCAAGAGGCGAUGACUACUAACGAUAGAAAUCUCUUGUAUGUUUUGUAUUCCGAAAUUCAGUGAAGAAAAAAAGACUCUUGUUUCUGUAUGUUUCUCAUCGCAUAGCAUCGUACUUCUGUGAGAAAGUUAUCUUUGCAACAGGAAAGAAUGUUACAAAACUAUUAGAUCAAAUUCCAUAUUGCAUAAAUUUUUUGAA